AUGGACACCUUCCACGAUGACCCGCUCGUCCAAGCCGUCACGGCCUACGUAAAAGACUACAUGAGCAACUACGACGCGUCCCAUGACUGGAGCCACAUCGAGCGUGUCGUCGGUCUUUCGCACUACAUCUACGCUAAGUCCGCCAACAAGGACUCACUCAAUCUUCGCACCAUCCACCUUGCAGCCCUUUUACACGACGUCGGUGAUAAGAAAUACACCAAAGAAAACGAAGACCCCACAACCCUCAUCCAAGCCCUCCUCCUCUCCUUCUCCUGCCCCUCAGACCUAGCCUCCAAAAUCCAAACCAUCUGCCUCAACGUCUCCUACAGCACCGAGACCAAGAACCCCGCCAACCCGGGCUUCAUCACCUCUCUGAUCCAGGAGCACCCAGAGCUAGCGGUGGUGCAGGACGCAGACAGGCUGGACGCCGUCGGCGCGGUGGGACUGGGACGCAUGUUUACGUUCGGCGGAGCGAAGACGGGGAGGGACAUGGCGGGCAGCAUGGAGCAUGUGGAUGAGAAGCUGGUGAGGCUGGUGGACUUGGCGAAGACGGAUGUGGGGAGGGAGCUGAUGAGGGAGAGGACGGAGCGGUUGGGGGUGUUUCAGGGGUGGUGGGAGGAGGAGGUUGGGUUUGCGAAGGGCGAGGGGCUUUGA